AUGAAGAUGCAGAUUGUCAUAGCACUACUACUUCUGCUUCUACUUUCUCUCACCGCACGCGUAAAAUGUCUAAAUUGUCCAAAUCUCUGCCAAUGCGCCUCCUCAAUGAUGGACUGCCAACGGCCAGGCCUUGAAGCAUUUCCGCCGGCGCCUUCCGGCAGGCUAGAAAUGGUCGUGGUUGCCAAUCAGACUUUUCGACGAGUCACACUCGACCGGGAGGCUCUUCGACCUUACCGGAGCCCUGAACACGGUGGACAAGUGCGUUUACGCCUGCUUAAGAUCCGCAACUGCAACAUAGUCAGCAUCGCAUCGAAUGCAUUUGCGAAUUUGGGAUCACAUUUGGAAGAACUUGAUCUAAGCGGCAACCCCCUGCAUACUAUUGAAGCGCAUGCCUUCACGGGUCUUCGACUGAAGUCGCUUUUUCUUAACAAUCUCCAAAAUCCUGUGAUUCAUGAUCAAGCAUUUUCCAGUAUCAUUGAGGUGCAGGGCUUGAGCCUUCAAAAUUCUCAUCUAACCUCACUUCCUCUGCGUCCUCUGAUUGAACUUGCCAGUCUACAUGGACUUAAGAGCCUUUCUAUUCGAGGUAAUGAUAUCUCCCACUUACCUCCCAAUUUUGAACCUGCUUUCAGGCUUCUGCAGUCGUUUGAGUUGAGUGAGAAUCCCUGGCACUGUGACUGCAAUCUCCGAUGGCUCAUCCAGCUGCAGAAGUGGAGUCGAUUGACAAAAACAAGUGGUGCAUUUGUAGGAAGCAGCAGGGACUCCAGAAGUGACAUAAGGCAGCCUACAUGUAUCAGUCCGGUCGAAUUUGCAGACUACACAUUCGACGAGAUCACCUUGAGUGAAAGUGAGACCUUUCUAGAAACCCACCUCCAUACCACAGUGCCGAAACGACCAGAACUUGCUUGUGUAACGCCUCGGGUUGAGCACAUUGAGGUUGACCUUCGUCAUUCGAAUUCUGAACAAGAACUUGAUAAUAUGGCCCGAAUUGUCUGUCAUAUGAAGGGCGCUCCGGAUAUCUUCGUGAGCUGGUUCUAUCAUAAUCACAACGGGGAUAUUCGUAACGUUACAGAAAUGUCCAAACGACAGGAAGAUGGGCAGAUUUUGCCACAUCCGUAUGCUCCUCCUCAACCAAAACAAAUAACAAGCCGACUGUCUGUCAAGCAAGUAUCCGAAACGGAUAUGUACUCAUGUAUGGGUCAGAAUAUACUGGGUAACACGUCGGUUACUGUGAGUAUUCAUUGGUCUCCAAAGAAACCAGGCGGAGGUAUGCAAUUAGUACCAAAUGAAGAGGUUUCAGGUGAAAGAUCGGUGUCAAGAGACCUAUCCAAUAGCUUGAUAGGUUCCAUUCGACCUGCGGAAUACAGCAUCUUAGCAAAACGGUUUAGCUUGAUGGACGUGAUUGGCGCAGUGUUGGGCACUUUUCUGGUCACAAUCCUUAUGUUUAUCAUCGCCUAUAGAACUUCGAAACUCUACGUUUAUCGAAGAUCAAAACUAUGCGCCCAAUCAGAUCCAAUACUGCGACACCAUGAAAAUGCAAAGCGCACUCCUGAUGGGACUUCUUCUUCUGCUGCAUCGUCAUCAUUGCUCAAGUUCUCGCAACUUCAGUUCGCCCCCGCAUCCCGCUAUCCUCCCGACUACACCCAAACGAGCCAUUAUAAUCAAGGAGGAGGUGGAGGACUUGGGAUGCCACCGAAGCAGCGCGACUCUGGCACCUUUACUUCGCAUUCUACCUCGUCCUCGCAGAACGCAAAUGGUCAAGGUGGUGCUUACGAGACAGUGUAUAACGAGACCUCAACGAAUCAGGUAAUGUACGAAACCCCCGGUGACAACCUGGCGACCGCCGCUGCUGCUGCUGCUGCCGCGUGUCAUCCGAAUCAGCAACCAUUUCUCUUUCCCUUUGCUCAGUCUACAGCACUGGGUGGCUAUCCGCUGAUGUUUGGAAGCACCCUUCCCUCCCAGAGCACGGCCACAGCCUAUGCACUAGGAGUCUCUAGUCCCUCAGCUCCGACCUACAUCCCUCCCCCUCCCACUGGACAGCAACCCUCGCUCCCCCGCUCCGUCCAGUCCCAAACGGGUCCCUUGCAUCAUGUCUACUCCUCCACAGUGCACAUGGGUGAUCAGUACUCAGGCCCAGGUAUUUCCACAAGCGUUCAGACCUCGGCACCCGUGAGCACAGCCCCACAACAUAAUCAUGUAACAUGA